AUGCCUUAUAGGGAGUGCACGAUCACACUGCAAGAUGUUGCAGUGCAGUUGAGGCUGCCAGUGGAUAGGGAGCCUCUGAUAGGAUCAUUAAGGUAUAAUUUGAAGGUUAUCUGCAAGGAUAUAUUGGGAGUUGUACCGUCUGACAUGAAAGGUCAGCGGUUGAGUCUUCUAUGGUUGGCAGAACAGUUUGAAGAAUUGCCAUCAGAUGUUGAUGUUGUGAGCGUUCAGAGAUACGCUCGUGCGUACAUCAUGCAGUUAAUUGGAGGCUUUCUUUUUGCUUAUAAGUCAAACACCCUAGUCCAUUGUAUGUUCCUCAAAUUCGUAUUCGAUUUCAACCAGGUUGGUACGUACGCGUGGGGCGCUACGACCCUCGCAUGGUUGUAUAGGGAACUCUAUCGAGUGAGUCAUGCACAGUCUUUAAAGAUUGUUGGCCCAUUAAUGCUGCUACAAGUAUGGGCAUACAAUGGAUUCCCCAUUAUAGCACCACAAAGAACGCUGCAGCAUUCAGAUGGUCGACAUUUGAAUUUCAGAUUAAUUGGACGCCGUACACACCACGUGGCAUUGUUUCCUCUUAGAUGUCGUAGUGGUCAAGCGGUGUAG